ACCCCCAAAAUUGAAAAAGUAGUCACGUGCGUGCGCAAAACCGGUGGGUGCUGAAAAGCAGCAAGCUGGGUUUCCUUCUCACUGCUUGUUGGUUAUUGCGUGGCAUCUGGGAAGGCAUCAGCACUAUUUAUCUGUAUCAUUUCUCUCAAGACAUACGCUUGUUGUCAAAUACUAUUCAAUGUCGGAUCACAGAACUUAUUCACCGGUGGAUCGUGGAGGCACAAUAGGAGGGGGAUAUGGUGAUUGGUCAGAUGAUGAACUACCACCUCGCUCCCAGGCUCGAGAAAAAUUCAGAAGAGAACGAAGUAUAGAACAUGAACGCGAUUCUUAUGGAGACUCGUACAUGUCCAAUGCCGAUGCCCAUGAUCGCUACGAACGGAAAAGACGUCUUCGCCGUAGUAUCAGCCCCUCUGACGGUACCUGUCAAUCCUUCCUUUAUUUUUAUUUUAUUUUUACCUUUUUUUGACGGUUUCUUACUUUUUAUAAUGGGUAUUAAUCCAUGCUUUCUAUCUUUUAUUCUUCAUUUUUUUUUUUACCUCUUCACUGUCAUUUAUCAGAACGACGACAUAAACGGCGAGCAUCCUUUUCUCCGCCGCCGCAUGGUGGUCGUGGUUAUCGAGGGGGUCCCCGCGGUGGUGGUAUGCGAGAUGUCCGCGAACGAGAUGCUGACUAUCCACAAGAUGGUGAUCAUUACAUUCCAAACUAUGAACGGGACGGCUAUGUACCGGGUCCCAGAUACAGCAAUAUGCCCGAACGACAACAAGGACGACCGGGAGGCGGGUAUCCUAUGAUGGAUAUGAUGAAUGUGCCAAUGAUGGGCGCUGGCUGGCCAAACAUGGCAAGACCUCAGCCGGUCGAUCCCAACCAGCUCGAUUACAUCAUACCCUUUAAACAAUAUUGCGACUACUUACGCCAAACGCAUUCUCGAAGUCAUUUUGAUGAUGAUGAACUUCAGAAACGUUACGCCAAAUACAAAGAGAAAGCCACGGCUCGACAGCUCAAUACUUUCUUCAACAACAACAAAGACAAAGAAUGGUUUCAAGAAAAAUAUCAUCCAAAGAUUUCAGAACCUCGCAUUGCCGAUAUGAAACAGCGUAGACGGCAUCAGCUGGACCAGUUUCUUAUUGACUUACGAAACGGAGUAUAUGAUGCGAUUCAAUACGACGAAAAGCCGAUCACCUCUGCCAGCAAAUCGCCAGAAGAGCCUGGUGCCGAAUCACUUGCGAAUGCGAAGGAGGAGAAAGCCGAUAUUCCAGCUGCCGACAUUGCAUCCUCGAUUGAAUAUGAGAACCAGUUGGUUAUCAAGACGGUGCCGCCCACGAUAGCUAGACAACGAAUUAUUGAGAUGUGCAGCAACGUCGAUGGAUUCGAAUAUCUGGCUCUGUCGGAACCAUCUCCCAACAAAAAGUUCCAUCGUAUUGGUUGGAUUCAUUUCAAAGAAGGCACUGAUAUGGUGAAAGCGUUUGAAGCUUUGGAUAAUCUAAAAAUUGACGAUUUUACCUUUCAUUUGGCGAUGAAUCGAAAAAACCAGCCGCAGCAACGCGUGCAUAAAAUGGCUCCUGAAAUAGCCAAUACCUCAGACCGACUGGAUAUCGACUUCGAACAAGCACAACUCUUGGCUAAGGUCUUCGAUGGUGAUUUGGUAGAUGACGAUGCUGGCGGAUUGAAAUUGGUGUUGGAAAGGGCGGAAGAGGUUAUUGCUAAGCUUUCAGCAGCGGAAACAUCUGAGGAUCAAGAUACCGAAAUGGAUGAGCCGGACAAAGAGAACGGUGAAACCAAAUUGGCCAAGGAAUCCAACGAACGUGUUUAUCUGAAGAAGAGACUCGAUAUGAUCAUUGUAUACCUGCGAAAUGUUCAUAUGUUCUGCUACUACUGUGGCAUGGAAUGCGAUUCUUUCGAAGAACUCAAUCGACGUUGUCCUGAGCCACAUUGUCGUAAAUUGGCUUCACUUUCAACGUCAUCAACAACCGAUGGGAAACAGCAAAACCGAGGUGAACGUCAAGCUGCGCAAUGGGCAAAAAAUCUCGACCAGAGAAUUGCGAUGAAGUCACAGACACCGUCUGACCGAGAGCUUGAGAGAUGGGGUGGAAAACCCUAUUCGAGCGAACUGGAAACGUUUAUGAAGGAACAUGUACAAAAGGAGCACGAAGCCAAAUUCAAGUGUAAAGUUGGGGAAUGUGCAAAGGCAUUCAAAGGAUUCGAUUUUGUGGAGAAGCAUAUCAUCACAAAACAUCCAGAAGAAAUUGCACGUCUGAGGGAAGAAGUCGACUACUUCAACAACUAUGUGCGCGACCCGAAUCAUCUUACACCAGCCGCCAACCUUCAGUCCAAUAUGAACAUGGCCAUGGGUGCAGCCAACAUGGGAGCUAAUAUACCGUUUGCUGGACCGCCUUCAGCAUUCAUGGUUCCUGCAAUGAAUGGCGGUGGACGUAUGGCUCCUCCCGGGAUGGCCAUGCACGCUGCUGCCGUGGGCACACCGUGGGAUCAAAUUCCACGCAUCGGUUUCGGCGAUAUGAACUGGUCGAAUGCCAUGGCCAUGAAUCGCAGGACGGGUGGCAAAGAUGGCAUGGAAAAUUUUAACCGCCCGCCGUCGGCAAGCCUCGACCUGAAUGAUUCCAUGGUUCGUGACCCUCGUCAGGUGAAGAACUACGUCGAUCUUGAUGCUCCGGCUGAAGGCGAUGCGGAUAUUUCAUUUUAUUGAUCUACUCAGCAUGCAACCUAUUUUAUACUCCUUUUUCUUCCCUCUUUAUCAUCUGAUGCUCUUUAAACGAAUUUUCUUCUAUUUGCUUCCCACCCUGUUGUUCAGUUUUUCUUUCUUUUUUUUUCUUCGUUCUCUGGCAUUCUCAACCGAUAUGAAAAGUGAUGGGAUGAUUAAAACGCCACCGUGACAAAUACCACGUCAAUUGUUUGCGGCCAGGAAACUUGAAGUGACUUUGUAGAAACGUUGGAAACUUGUUGGUUGUUUUUGGCAGUCUAGAGCUUUGCCGAGAAGAUCUUGGCCA